AACGAACAGAUAAACGGAAUCACUGCCGACACCCGUUCCCGAACCUCCAGCUUCACCCCCCCUACCUCAGCUCCAAACCUACAUUUGUACCUUUGUCUCCACUCUCUUGGCUGUCUUCACUCUUACAGUAAACUGCCCCCCAACUUAACUCUCCUCCUUGAAAGAAUUCAGUUUCAAGACGAUGCACACCAAAUCAGAUUCCGAUGUAACAAGCUCGGUCGACCCAUCGUCUCCAAGAUCCCCCAAACGCCAACUCUACUACGUCCAAAGCCCUUCCAGGGACUCCCACGAUGGGGACAAGUCAUCUUCCAUGCAAGCAACACCCGCCUACAACAGCCCCAUGGAAUCUCCUUCCCACCCUUCCUACAGCCGUCACUCCAGGGCCUCAUCCGCCAGUCGUUUCUCUGGAAAUCUCAAGAAAGGAAGGAAGAGAAACGAGAAGGGUUGGACCGAGUGCAAUGUUAUUGAAGAAGAAGGGGAUUAUGGGGAGUAUUUCUAUGGGAGGGAUAAAGGGUUGACGAGAAGGUGUCAGAUUUUGAUGGGUGUGUUUGGGUUCGUGGCGGUUUUCAGUUUGUUUUGUUUGAUCAUCUGGGGUGCCAGUCGGCCUUACAAAGCUCAAGUUAUUGUUAAGAGCUUGACAGUCCAUAAUUUUUAUUUUGGAGAGGGAGCGGACACGACAGGAGUUCCAAGCAAGAUGCUUACCAUGAAUUGUUCGGUGAGGAUGACAGUAUACAACCCUGCUACUUUCUUUGGUAUUCAUGUUAGCUCCAAUCCAGUCAAUCUAAUGUACUCAGAAAUUGCAGUGGCAACUGGUCAGUUGAAGAAGUACUAUCAACCAAGAAAGAGUCAUCGUACUGUGGUUGCGACUCUCGAGGGAGAUAAAGUUCCUUUGUAUGGGGCUGGGGCAAGCUUAGCAAGCUCAGACGAUGUGGGUGGAGUUCCAAUGAAGUUGAUAUUUGAAGUUCGAUCCAGAGGGAAUGUGGUGGGGAAGUUGGUGAGAUCAAGGCAUCGAAAACUUAUCUCUUGUUCCUUGGUUAUUGACUCCCAUAGUAACAAACCUCUCAAGCUAAAAAAUAGUUCAUGCGUAUAUGACUGAGUUUGAGAGUGAUGGUUCUCCUGCAACUCUACAAAUUGGUUUCCGCUUGGAAAUGGUGGAUUUUGACUGAUUUGAGUCUUUUUCAGAGCUUCUAGUGCUUUGGUAUGUGUGUGGCAUUAAUAAUUUCUUUAAAAAAUUGUAUCUUUUAGAUCAUUCUGGAGUGGAAUUGAGAAGCUGUUGAAGUUUAAUUUGUCUUUGCUUGGAGAAAUAUGAACUAUCAUCUUGAUGUAGGUUAUAUGUUGUAGGUUAUAUAUGUCGAUAGGAUAAAUUUGAUUCAUUAAAAUGUUUCUUGUUUCCAUUUACGCCUGUAUACAGGUAGAGAAACUCCACGAAUGUUUUCUGUGAUAAUUGGUAAAACAAGAUUUUGUUCAUAUGUCA